AUGGAGGAACCCUUGCCCAAGGAUUUCCGUUUCCCCACCAUCAAGGCGUACUCGGGGACCACGGACCCGCGGUCGCACCUCACCAAGUACAGGGCCUCCAUGAUGAUCACUGGGGCUAUCGACGCCAUCCUAUGCAGGGGGUUCUUUGCCACUCUGGACGGACAGGCACAUGACUGGUUCGGGUCCCUCCCGGGGGGGGGGGAGGGGGGGUCCAUCUCUACCUUCACGGACCUCACUAAACAGUUCCUAUCCCACUUCGCCACCAGCAUCCAAAAGAAGAAGCAAAUCGCCGACCUGUGUGACCUGAAACAGAGAAGCUCAGAAUCGCUAGCCGAGUAUCUCAGUAAAUGGAAGAAAGAGGCCAUGGGGGUCGCCAAUUUCAAUGGUAAGUCGGCCAUACCGAUUUUCAGGAACAAUGUGAUGUCGGAUGCUUUCCACCAGGAUCUCAUCCGGUACCCCCCGAAUAACUAUACCGACCUGAUGGACAGGGCGGCCAAGUAUGCCGACGCCGAGGUCGCCGAGAAGAGGAAGAAGGAGCAGGAGGAAGGGAGAGAUCGGAAGGACAAGGCUCCCCAGGAGGAGCGCGGCAGGGCACCUCGGCAGCACUGCCGCAAAUAUGCUGAGGGGCCCAGGUUGAACCCCACACGGUUCCUCACCCCGCUGACGCACCCCAUGAGCAUCAUCCUAGCCCACGCGGAGGACCAAGGGAUCGUCGAGAUCCCAAAGGAAGAAUGCAUGAAGAUAUCGGCGAAGGCCGACCCCAAGAAGUACUGCCGAUUCCAUCGCCAGAAGGGUCACGACACGGACAAGUGCAUCCUCCUGAAGAAGCAGAUUGAGGAGCUCAUCUAG